GUGAAAGGAACAAGUCGGAAAUCGGAGCCGCGUUUGUUGGAAAUCUGUUACAAGUAUUGGUGGUGUCUGCGACUUCGUCUCUGUGUGCGUGAAGUCAGUUCGUUCGUGUGCUCUCGUAUUUGUGUGUGUUUGUGUGCAUCAUUUGAACAAGGAAAAGUGUGAAGAAUCUGUUACAAGAAAAUAAAAUAUAGCGAAGAAAGCGCCGCAUAAAAGAAAAAUUUUUUCAAAUUGUAAAAACAAAUAAGAAACAAAACAAGCAAAAAAAAAAAGUAUAAUGGCAACUGAAGUGAGCCAAAUACCCGCUGAGGAAACGCCUGCCGUGGCGGCGACCACAGAAAACGCUGCCUCCGAGCAAGCGGAAAAACCUGCUGGCGAGCCUGCAGCCUCCGUCGCUGCAGCCGCAGAGAACAGCAGCGCUGUCGCUAACAACGCCCAAGAAAACAAAGAGGAUGCGAAGGCGUCGCCAGCCGCCGAUGGAGGCGAUGCAAAGAAAGAUGGAGAAGCCAAUGCCGCUGCCGCUGCCGCGCCCGCUAAAUCAGAAGCGCCCGCACAAAAGUUCAAUGUGCACAAAGCCAAUUUUGAGAAGGAUAUUAUAUAUUUGUAUCAGUUUUCGCGCACCCCCUUGCUGCCAUCGCUUUCACCAUAUUGUUUGAAAGUCGAGACUUGGCUGCGUCUGGUAGGACUUAAGUACGAGAAUGUCGACCAUAAGAUGCGUUUCCGUUCCAAGAAAGGUCAAUUGCCUUUUAUUGAGCUAAAUGGCGAGGAAAUAGCCGAUUCGGCCAUUAUCAUCAAGGAACUAUCGGCCAAAUACGAUAAGAACUUGGAUGCUGGCCUCACAGCCGAGCAGCGUAACGUAUCGUAUGCCACCAUUGCCAUGCUGGAGAAUCAUCUCAUCUGGGUCAUCUUCUACUGGCGUGCAAAAUAUCCCGACAAUGUGCUCAAGGGUUAUAAAGUGAAUUUGCAACAUGCGCUGGGACUGCGUUUGCCCAAUUCGAUUUUGAACUUCUUCUUCAAGAUAACAUUCGGACGCAAGUGGUUCCAGGGCACGAAAAAGCUAAAGGCGCACGGCAUUGGUGUGCACAGCGCCGAGGAGAUCGAGGAGUUCGGCAAGAACGAUCUGAAAGUGCUCAGCGAAAUGCUGGACUGUAAGCCUUUCUUCUUUGGCGAUGAGCCCACCACACUGGAUGUUGUUGCUUUCGCGGUGCUUUCCCAGCUGCACUAUCUGUCCAAGGAUAUUGUGUAUCCGUUGCGCGAUUAUAUGACCGAGAAAUAUCCCAAUUUGAUCGGCCAUGUGUCACGCAUGAAGGAGAAGUGCUUCCCCGACUGGGAUGAGAUUUGCACGAAGCUGGAUCUGAAUGCGCACAUUCCCAAGCCAGAACCCGAGACCAAGGAAGGCAAAGAAGGCGGUGAGCAAGAGAAAUCAAAUGAGCAAGAGGGAACUGAAGGCGAUAAGAUCGAGAAGGAAUUGGAGAAGGAUAAGUCGAACGAGAAGGAAUCAACCGAGGAGAACAAAGAGAAGGAGGAAACAAAGUAAAGCGCCGUUAGUUAUAUAUAUAAAGCAAACACACACCCACAUACAUAUAAAUAUAUAUAUAUAAAUAUAUAUAUAUAUAUAUAUAUAUAUAAACAUAGUACUAUAUAGUAAGGCGCUAUAUAGCUAGACGCUGCGCUCAUAUAUAAGCAUUCGAAAACAAAGAGGAAACAGGACAACUGUAAAGAAAACAGGCAGGCAACAAACAGGCCGAUAGCAACAGCAGCAAGAAAAAGCUGAAGCUUCAACAGAAAAAAACGAUCCACUCAAAAUUUAUGAAAACAAAAA